UGUCGGAUGUCUCCCCUCUCCGAGCUCAUUUCAAAACUGAAACGGCAUCCAAUAGCACGUAUAUGUUAAAAAAAAAAAUUAUAUAUAUAUAUAACGUAUGAAAUUUUUCAGUUCAAGUUCCGUAUAUUUUAGGCAAAUAUUUUCAAAUUUGUUACGUUAAUUUUUAUUUGUUUAUUAUUAUAUAAUUUUAACAAAUGCCGCCCCGCAAAAAUAAGAAUCAAACGCAACCAGUCAGAAGGAGUGAAAGGAUUCGCCUUCGCAAAGAGGCGGCAAUUGCGGCUCGAAAUGCCGAGUUGGAACAGAUGGGGCAGGAACGAAGGGCGGAGCUGGCCAGCCUGAGAAGUGGACAGAGCCCUUCGCUAAAUGGAGUAGCUGCGGGAAGUGGUGUAACUCCUAGGAGCAGACCUCCACGCCGAAACGGGGCGGUCACAUCUACCCCCCUCUCUAAGCAGGCAGAAUGUCUAUUCGACCGUUUUAUGGAUCGCAUUUUGCACGCUGCCAAUGAAUGCCACUCAGGGAAGUUUUCCGAGGGGACAAGACCAAAUCUCAAUCAAGAAGAGCAACCAACCGAAGCUCCACGAGGAUGGGUGUCAGGACAGGAGCUCCGCGACGAAGAUGUCGAAGUAGUCGAAGAACUAGACAUAACCAUUUCCCUGCUGGACAGUGACUCCGACCUGGACUUCGUAUAAUCCUGUAUAGCCAACCCAGGCAUUUGCAGAAAGUUGUUUAUUAAUUAUAGAUUUGUUACUGAA